AGCAUUAGGCACAUACUGGACGCCCUUCAAGGGCUCCUCAUUCGCCCAAGCCUCACCCUGGGCAUUGGCAGCUGUUUCCGCCCCGUGCUACUUUCCCUGGUCAGCGCUUUCGUGGAUGCCCGUCUCAGCGGUGCCACACGCUCGGGCCCCUCGCAUGCAGCCGUAUCUGUGGCCCUCAUCAGCCUUUUGGACCUGGCUCCACAGUUGGAGAGCAGAACCCCUUUUGUCAAGACGGAGACGGUGGCCCGCAACCUGGAGGCUGCUGCACUGGUGCUUUGUCAGCAGCGCGCUCUCCUCUUGGAGGGCCCACCUGGGUCCGGCAAGUCUGCUGUGGUGGAGGAGCUGGCGGCUGCCACUGGCAACAGCGACUUCAUCCACGUGCAUGUGGAUGACCAGAUGGAUGCCAAGAGCCUGCUGGGCGCCUAUGUGUGCACCGCUGUGCCCGGCGAAUUUGUCUGGCAGCCCGGCCCGCUCACCCAGGCUGUGUUGGAGGGCAAGUGGCUGGUCAUAGAGGACAUCAACCUGGCUCCAAUGGAUGUGCUGGCUGCCCUUAUCCCCUUGCUGGAGAGGCGCGAGCUGCAGCUGCCACAGCCAGAUGCACAGCUUCCAAGAGCUGCAUUUUUAGAGUCAGCCGACUGCUAUACUGCAAUGAUUGCCAAGCCAGAGGUGCGCCCAGCAAUGAGGGCAAUGGAGGCUGUGGCGGUGGCGACUGCUCAGCAGGAGCCUGUGCUGCUGGUGGGAGAGACCGGCACUGGGAAGACCACCCUGGUGCAGCAGAUAGCUGAACAGGUGGGUACCAAUCUGGUGGUGCUGAAUCUGAGCCAGCAGACGGACAGCGCUGAUCUGCUAGGUGGCUUCCAGCCUGUCGAGCCUCGCCAUGCACUGCUGCCCCUACUAGACCGCUUCCAGGGGCUUGUGCGCAGAACCUGGGACCGUGGCAACAACGAUGAGUUCUUGGGGCGCGCGAUCAAGUAUGCGCAGCGCCGCAAGUGGAGCUCGCUGCUCAAGGCUUUUCACACUGCCAUCGGCAAGCUGUCUGCGGCAGAGCGAGCGGCCAAGGUGGCAGAGGGCGGCUUUGCUUUUGCUUUCAAGGAGGGAGCGCUGGUGCAGGCGCUACGCAACGGCGACUGGGUGCUGUUAGAUGAGAUCAACCUGGCACCCUCCGAGGAGAGGAAGCUGGUGGACGGCGCUGGCAGCAAGCCGACCUACAACCUGCGCACACUGUGCCGGGCUCUGGAGUACGCGCGUACGGUGCUGCCGGUGUAUGGCCUGCUGCGGGCGCUGUACGAUGGCUGCAGCAUGGCCUUCCACACCCAGCUGUCCCCCUCCUCCGCCCCUGUCAUGGAGGGCCUGCUGCAGACCCACAUCCUGGGCGCCGGCACCAAACUGAAAGCUCUUCUGCGAGCACCAGCGCCACCCCAAGGGGGCUCCCAUGUGCUCUUUGACCACUUCUGGGUGGAAGCAGGCGACCAGCCGCUGCCCGAGCCAAGCGCUGAAGCCGAGGCCGGCCGGGGUCCGACGUCGAGCGGCAAGACGAGCCUGGUGACGCACCUGGCGCGCGCGACAGGGCAUCGCUGCGUGCGCAUAAACAACCACGAGCAGACGGACCUGCAGGAGUACCUGGGCAGCUAUGUGGCGGACGAGGCCGGCCGCCUGGUGUUCCGCGAGGGCGCCCUCGUCACCGCCGUGCGCGCCGGCCACUGGGUCAUCCUUGACGAGCUCAACCUGGCGCCCUCCGAGGUCCUGGAAGCCCUCAACAGGCUGCUGGACGACAACAGGGAGCUGUAUGUGCCGGAGCUGGGGGAGAUGGUGCGGCCGCACCCGCACUUCAUGCUGUUUGCGACGCAGAACCCGGCGGGCGCGUACGGCGGCCGCAAGGCGCUGUCGCGCGCGUUCCGUUCGCGUUUCCUGGAACUGCACGUCGGCGACAUCCCCGACUCGGAGCUGGCCCACAUCCUGCAGCUGCGCUGCGCCCUCGCGCCCUCCUACGCCGCCAAGCUUGUCGCUGUCAUGCGCGAGCUGCAGCGCCUCCGCCAGGCCACGAACGUGUUUGCGGGCAAGCAUGGGUUCAUCACGCCCCGGGACCUGUUCAAGUGGGCCGGCAGGGGCGCAGUGGGAUACCAGGAGCUGGGCGAGAAUGGCUGCCUACUCCUGGCCGAGCGCCUGCGCGACCCUGCCGAGCGCGACGUCGUCCAAAAGGCCAUCGAGGACAUCAUGAGAGUCAAGAUUGAUCCCCAGGAGCUUGUGCUGGAGCCUGGGCGCACGUUGACGCUGGCGGAGAAGGGAGGUGCGGGCGCUGAGGAGGUGGUGGCGGCGGCCGGCUUCCGCCUGGUGGCCACCAUGAACCCGGGCGGCGACUACGGCAAGCGCGAGCUGUCGCCCGCCCUCGCCAACCGCUUCACCACCGUCUGGGUGCCCCCUAUUGAGGACGAGGCCGAGCUUGCGCAGAUCCUCAAUGCCCGCGUCGCAGACGAGGAGGUGCGUCAGGAGGUGGCAGGGCGGCUGCUGGACUUCUGGCGCUUCUUCCGGGUCGCAGCCGGCCCCGCGGCGGGCGGCGCGCUGUCAGUGCGCGACCUGCUGGCCUGGGCCGGCUUUGUGAACGCGGCCGCGCCGCGCAUCGGCGCUCUGGCCGCCUACGCCCACGGCGCCCACCUCGUCCUCCUGGACGGCAUCGGCCUCGGCAUCGGCCUGCCCACGCAGCUCAAGCGCAGCGUUCUGCUGGAGGGCAGCCCUGGCGUCGGCAAGACCGCACUUGUCGCCGCCCUGGCCCGCGCUUCAGGCGAGCAUCCUUUUGCUUGGUGUGACGGGCCGCUGCUGGCCGCCCUCAAGGCCGGUGACUGGGUGCUCCUGGACGAACUCAACCUUGCAGGUCAGAGCGUCCUGGAGGGCCUGAAUGCGCUCCUUGAUCACCGGGCGGAGGUGUUCAUUCCGGAGCUGGGUUCCAGCUUCCAGUGCCCGCCCACGUUCAGGAUCUUUGCGGCGCAGAACCCGGUGCAGGAGGGCGGCGGCCGCCGUGGCCUGCCCAAGUCCUUCCUCAACCGCUUCACGCGCGUGCAUGUGGAGCUGCUGGACGUGCAUGACCUCCAAUUCAUUGCAGGGUCGUUGCAUCCUGCUGUGCCGGCCAGCGAAGCAGCUGCGGCACACUUUGCAAGGCUGCUAUUUCUGCAGCGCAUGCGCGCUGCAGCAGACCGGGCUUUUGUUAGCCGAGCUUUUGCCGAGCAUUGGGGCACAGCCCUGCCAGCCUUCAGGCGGCCUCCGAUCCUAGCCUCCCCCGAGGCCAUCAACAUUGGCUGGGCAACCCUGCAACGUGCCCAACAAGGUGAGGCAAAUCCCAAUACUCGGACUGGCACAAAAGACGACCUGCAGUUGCUGCAAGGACAGGGAGCUGCUCUUGAGUCGCUGGCGCAGUGCAUGCAGCUGUCCUGGAUGUGCAUCCUGGUCGGGCCUUCUGGAUCGGGUGAGCAACUUGUGCACAGUUUUCAACUGCAGAAAUCCCAUUGCAUGCAUGUCUGGUGUAAAAUCCCCUUCUGGCUGGGGUCCAGGUUUGAGUGGGUGGAUGGGGCGCUGACGCGGGCGAUAGAGGAGGGCCGCUGGGUGCUGCUGGACAACGCCAACAUGUGCUCGGCCACCGUGCUGGACCGCCUCAACCCGCUGCUGGAGCCGGCAGGCGCGCUGCUCCUCAACGAGGCCGGCACCGCCAAUGGCCGGCCCCGCGUGCUGCAGCCCCACCCCAACUUCCGCCUCAUCCUCGCCCUCGACCCCAAGCAUGGGGAGCUGUCCAGGGCCAUGCGCAACAGGGGCAUCGAGGUGUUCGUUGCAGAUGCGCCUGCGGAUGAGGGCAGGGAGCCAGGUGCCUCGGGACCCCUGCUCGGGGCCUCAGAAACAUCUGAGAGCCAGGACUUGAUGGCUGUGCUCGCCCUGCAAGGCGUGCCUGGCUCAGCCCUGCCUCGCGCCAUGGUGGCUGCACACCUCGCUGUCAGAGCAAGGACAACUGCUCCACACCCUGUGCUUGACAGCAUCUACCCGGCAUUCGCAGCCCUCUCGGCGUUUGAGGCGGCUUUGCUGGACCCACACUCAGCUCCCCAGAUCCAAUGGACCCCACAGCUGGCUCAGCAGGAAUAUGGCAUGCAGACCGGCCCAGAUGGCGAGCCUCGAGUCAGCAGGGAGACAGUGGCGGCGGUCGCGGCGGCUCUGUCCUCGGACUGGGGCCUGCGCCGCGCGCUGUUGGAAGGGGCGGGCCUGUUUGCCAUGGCGGCUGCCCUGGCUGCGGGCCGCAAGGGCACGUCGAUAAGAGAUCUGCUGGCUUCUUCCAGCCACAGCCUCCUUGUGCAGUUGCUGCAGCCUGUGCUGCUGCCCCUCCUUGCCCUUGUGCUGGAGGGCAGCCAGGCCACAAGGGCGGCCGGCCCAGCCGCUGCGUAUGGCGCACAAACCCUCUCUCUUGAGGCCAAGCGCGGCGCUGCCUGGGUGCUGCUGGGGGCGGCUCGGCUGCACCUCGCAUCUCCGCCGCCCGGGACCGACCCGGCUGCCAAAUACGCACACAAGCGUGCACACCUUCUGGCUGUCCUGGAAGACCCGUCGCAGUACCCGGCCCUGCAGCAGGAGCUGGCGCGCUUCAUGCACAACCUCGGCAGCGUCCAGCGCAUCGUCGCCCUGCUGCAAGCGCUCCAGGUAUGCCAUGAAGCGGGCCAGCAAGGCGCAGCGGACCAGGCAGGCGUGUGGCAGCAGAAUGCCGAUGCAUGGGCCAGCCGGCUGCUGCCAGCCUUCCCGCUGUACGCAGACCUGCUGCAGCCGGUCGCACUGGCCGUCUACGAAAUGCGCGCUGGUUUCUCCAUGCUCGCACACGCGCAUACAGCCCUGCAGACAGUGGGCACAAGUCUGGAGCUGGGCGCCUUUGAGGCGGUUCUGACGGCACUGCUGGGCGCGUGGGAGGAGGUCAAGGCGGCCGAGGAGGCGCGCGCCGCACUGGAGGCCCAGCUGUUCAAGACCAAGACCCAGUCCACCACCAUCCUCACCGAAGAGGCAAAAGAGGAGGCAGAUUACAAGCAAACCUUCCCGGACCACUCAGCUGCGUUCGCAGACAUCCUGGAUGCAGAAGGGGUGGCCGGUGCAGGCAUGGUGGCGGAGGCUCCGCUGAAGGCGGCGCUGACGGGGCUGGAGCUGCUGCUGGCGCGCUCGCAGGUGUGGCAGGAGACGGCGGCCUCCCACGUCAGCCUGGCUCCCCAGCUGGAGCGCCUAGCCGCCCUCGCGCUGCGCUGGCGCCGCCUGCAGCUGGCCGCCUGGCGCUCACUCAUCCGCACCCUCGCCCAACGCCACGCCGCCGUCCAGACGCUUGUGGCGAUACUGGAGAACGUGCAUGCGUACUACAAUCAGUUCAGUCCCCUUGUGGACAAGGCCAUCAAAGACAGCCUGGCGCCCAUCGAGAAGCGCUUGGAGGACUUUGUGAAGCUGGCCAAGUGGGAGGACCGGGGCUACCACUCCCUGAAGCAGUCCACGGAGAAGGCCCAGCGCCAGCUGCACAAGCUGCAGCGCCAGGCCAUCGCCGCGCUCAAGCAGCCGUCUGCCGCCGUGCUGGCCGAUGCCGCCAAAUCCAUGGGCAUGGCCGAUCUGACCGCCCCCGAGGCCGCUGCGCAAGAUGCCGUGCACUGGCGCGCCUUCUGCACGGCCGUCAUUGCUGAUUUGCAAGCGUCGGCUGUGCACGUUCCUGCUGCCAAUGAGACAGAUACUGUACGGCCCGACGGCUCCACGCUGUACCGGCAGCGCAUCCCACAGCUGGCGCAGCGCAUGCAGGACGUCCUGGCAUCAAGCCUGGACAAUGUCGGCCACCACGCUUCACCUUCUGAUAUAUUUUGUGCUGCAGAUGCGGGGUCGCUGGAUGCUCUGGCGGGCGAGGUGGCGCAGAGGGCGCUGGAUCUGCGUGGGGCGGCGGACAAGGGGGCACGCUCGCGCAAGAAGAAGGCCCUCACCGACCUGCUGCACGCGCUGGCCGCCGCGGGGCUGUCGCGCCAGCGCAGCGCCGUUCCCUCCGUCGAGCGCAGCGUGGCGGCAGCGCAGCGGCUGAGCGAGCAUGCGCUGUUCCUGCAACGCCGCCAGCGCGCCUUCCUCGGCCGCCUUUCCACGGCCGCAGAGCGCCUGCGGUCCCUGUCAAGCACGCUGUCUGAUUUCUCGGCUAGCGUAGAUGCGCCACCAGCCUCGGCCGCGCUGGCGCCGCUGCUGGGAAUGGCGGCUGGCGCGCUGCAGGCCGUGGCCGCGCGCUACCUGGCGCUGCACAAAGCCCUGGCAAAACUCGGCUAUGUGGCCGCCUCGCUCUUUGUGGGGCUCAUGCAGGAGGGCUUCUGCACCGCCGAGGCCUCCGAGGAAGAGGCCGGGGUGGAGAUGGAGGGUGACUUUCAGGGGGACAUCCACGACGUGCCCUCGGACGCAGAGAACAGCGAAGAGGAGGAGAAUGAGGAUGAGGAUGGGGAGAAGCUGGACCAGGAGAUGGGGGAUGUGGGGGAGCAGGGUGAGGCGCCUGAUGAGGCACCAGCCCCAGACCAGGAGGCUGCAGAGGAGGAGCAAAGGGAGGAGGGCGGGGAAGGCCCCAUCAACGAAGAUACAGAAGAGGGCUAUGAGCAGCGCCAGUUUGCCGCUCCUCAGGUCAGCCGAUACCUUGAACAUAUGACCAGGCGACACGCAAGCGCUGGCACCGGCGACAGAGGAGCAGGCGCGCGAGGCGGCUGCUCCCGACAGCAGAAAGCGGGCGCCAACAGGCGUGCAGGUAUUGCAGAAGAUGAGGAGGAUGAGGACAUGGGAGAGGAUGCUGAGGAGGAGGCAGGGGGAGAAGACGAUGAAGACGCGGGCGAGGUGUCAACGGAGGAGGCGGCAGCGCUGCGCGCGCAGAUGGAGGAGCUGCUGCGGCAGCCCACCGCUUCUGACGACGCAGACGCGCAGUACGGCCGGGACAUGUGGGCGCGCUGCGAAGCCCUUACCGCAGAGCAGCUGCGGCUGAUUCUGGAGCCAACGCAUGCGACGCGGCUGGCAGGCGAGUACCGCAGCGGCAAGCGGCUCAACAUGCGCCGUGUGAUUGCGUACAUAGCGUCCCACUUCCGCAAGGACAAGAUCUGGCUGCGCCGCACCCGCCCCGACCAGCGCACCUACCAGGUCAGCCCUCCCUUGCCAGCUGUGGGCCAGCUGGGAGUGCUGCGAUUUGGCGGCACAGACCAUGUGCGCCUGCUGCACGCCCUCGAUGCCCCCUUCACCGACGCCAACGGGCCCGCCGUCCUCUCCGCCCUCCGCUUUGACCAGGACAACACGCUGGCGGACCGGCCGAUGGUGGAGCUGCUGACGAUGCUGAUGCACAUGCUGGACCUGGCGCGCGCGAACGCAGCUGCCCACGGCUCCGCCCAGCAGCUGCAUCAGCUCGUCCUCGUCCUUGCCGAUGGCCGCUUCCACGAAAAGGACUCCCUCCGCCGCAUGGUCAUGGAGGCGGCCUCGAGGCCGGGUGUGCUGCUGGCGUUCAUAAUCCUGGACAACCCGGCGGCGAGCGUGCUGGACAUGCAGGCGGUGCAGUUUGUGGGCGGGCAGCCCACCUUCUCCAAGUACCUGGACAGCUUCCCUUUCCCCUUCUACAUCGUCCUGCGCGACCUGGCCUCCCUGCCCUCCACGCUCGCCUCUCUGCUGCGCCAGUGGUUUGAGCUCAGCGCUGCCGGUGCCAUGGGCUAG